AUGAAUUCUGAUGAAAAUAAAGCUGCCUUAGUAGCUUCACUUUUUAAUAGUAAUGAUGAUUCAUUAGAGAGUGAAUUUAGUCUAUUUGGUGAUGAAGCCGCAAAAGAAACAUGUCUUGAUUCGCAAUUCCUUAUUAGAAUGAAUCCAGAAGCUAUUCAAAGAUAUAAAGAUCAUUUAAAAGAACAAUUAUUAGCUGGUGAGGGUGAAACAAUUAUUGAAGUAGGAAAAAGUCUUGAAGAAGAAAUGGAUGAAGAGAAAGGAUUAUCACGUGAUAAACUUGAAAUUGCCAAAAGAAAUCACGAAUUAAUUAUAAAAGAAAUGGGGGCAGUUAAUAAAAAUUUAAUGACAAAAGUUAUGAGAGCAAAUAAAUGCACAGAAAUUGUAUUAGUAAGAGAAAAGACAGUUGAAACAGAUUUUAUUGAAGUUCGUGUGGCUGUUGUUGGAAAUGUUGAUGCUGGUAAAAGUACAUUACUAGGUGUUCUAACACAUAAUGCAUUAGAUGAUGGUAGAGGACAAGCAAGACAAAAAUUAUUUCGUCAUAAACAUGAAUUUGAAACUGGAAGAACAUCAUCAGUUAGUAAUGAUAUUUUAGGAUUUGAUAUUGAUGGAAAUAUUGUCAAUAAUCCAGAUUCUCAUAAUGGACAUUUAGAUUGGACAAAUAUAUGUAGAGAAUCUGCAAAAGUAAUCACUUUUAUUGAUCUCGCUGGACAUGAAAAAUAUUUAAAAACAACAAUUUUUGGUAUGACAGGACAUAUGCCUGAUUAUUCAAUGAUUAUGAUUGGAGCAAAUGCUGGAAUUAUUGGUACAACAAGAGAACAUUUAACAAUUGCUUUAUCAUUAAAUGUACCAGUAUUUGCUGUUGUUACAAAAAUUGAUAUGUGUCCAGAAAAUAUUUUAUCACAAACAAUUCAAAACUUAAAUAAAUUAAUGAAAAGUCCUGGCGCUAGAAAAAGGCCAAUUAUAGUUAAUAAUGAAAAUGAUGUUAUUGAAUGUGCAAUAAACUUUUAUAAUGGAAAAGUUUGCCCAAUUUUUCAAGUAUCUAAUGUUACAGGAAAAAACAUUGAUUUGUUAAGAAAAUUUUUAAAUAUAAUACCAUUAUUAAGAAAACAUUCAACAGAUGGGCCACCAGAAUUUCAAAUCGAUGAAAUUUAUACUGUUGGUGGUGUUGGAACUGUCAUUUCUGGAACAUGUAUAUCAGGUGUUGUAUCAUUAAAUGAUACAAUGUUAUUAGGUCCUGAUCCAGUUGGUAAAUAUAUAACAGUACCAAUAAAAUCUAUUCAUCGCAAAAGAUUACCAGUUUCAUGUGUUAAAGCAGGACAAACAGCAUCAUUUGCAAUGAGAAAAAUACCUAGAAAAGAUGUUAGAAAAGGAAUGGUAUUAUUAUCACCAACAAUAACUCCAAUAUCAUGUUAUGAAUUUGUUGCUGAAAUUGUUAUAUUACAUCAUCCAACAACAAUAACAUUUAAUUAUCAAGCAAUGGUACAUGUUGGAUCAGUUAGACAAACAGCUCAAAUAAUAAAAAUGGGAAAAGAUGUUUUACGUACAGGUGAUAGAGAUGUCGUUACAUUUAGAUUUAUAAGACAUCCAGAAUAUCUUCGCCUUGGAACACGUUUAGUUUUUAGAGAAGGCCGUGCAAAAGCUGUUGGUAAAAUAAUAAAUGUAAUACCAUAUCAAGGCAUAGCACCAAUUAAAUCAUCAAAACCAUUUAAACAAAAACAAUUAAAUCAACAAAUAUCAAAAAUAACUAUAUCUAAAAAUACACAAGGACAUUAUCAAAAAUCAAAAUCAACUUUUGCAAAUAAAAAAUAA